AUGAAAGCGAGCCAGCCAGCCGCCGGCCUGCAGCACACGCACCACCUGCCAGCACAGAGUGCAUGCUGCAUAGAGCUACCCGGAGGACCACGCACUACCAUGCCUGCUGAAAUUGGGUUCUAUGAUGCACCGCCGGUGUCGGACUUGGUUGCCAAGGAUCGAGCUAAACGAGCAGAGGAAAACAUGGCCACCUUCACCGCCGACAAGGCGUCGUGGGAGGGCAAGAGCGUGGUCUCGGUGUCGCAGUUCUCGACCGAAGGGCUGGGACUCCUGUACGCUGUGGCCGGGAAGAUGAAGGAGAUGGUCGCGGACAAGUCCGACGACGCCACGCUAAGCCGCAAUCCUCCUCUGAGGGGCCGCGUUCUUGGCACCCUGUUCUACGAGACCUCCACGAGAACGGCGUGCUCCUUUCAAGCGGCCGUGGCCCGCCUCGGGGGAACGUUUGUGUCGGUCGACCCGGCAUCAUCGAGCAUUAAGAAGGGCGAGAGUCUGGAGGAUACCGUCAUGAGCCUUCUCUCCUACUGCGACGCGGUCGCCCUGAGACAUCCCGCAAAGGGGGCGGCGCGCGCCGCCGUCGGAGUAGCGAGGAGGCCGGUGCUCAACGCGGGGGACGGGGUCGGAGAGCACCCGACACAGGCUCUGCUGGAUUUGUACACCAUCGCGGCGGAGCUUGGGGGGGAGGCGGGGUUGUCUGGUCUUCGAGGGAAGGUGGUGGCACUGAUUGGAGACCUCAAGCACGGCAGGACGGUGCACUCCCUGGCGAAGCUGCUGGCCAGGUUCGGCUGCGUGCUGCGGUACGUGUCACCCGCGUCGUUGCAGAUGCCGCGGUACAUCCAGGAUGAGGUGGAAUCGGCGGGAGAGUCGGUGCAGACGGAGGUGGAGGAUAUUGGCGUGGUGCUGGAGGAGGCUGACGUGCUGUACGUUACCAGGGUACAAAAGGAGAGGUUCGCGUCUCGAGAGGAAUUCGACCGCGUCAACGGGUCCUACAAGAUCACUCCGGAGGUUUUGAGCAAGGUGAAACCGUCCUCGGUGCUGAUGCACCCCCUGCCGAGAGUCGGAGAGAUCGUGGAAGAUUGCGACCUGGACCCCAGAGCCGCCUAUUUUAAGCAAAUGGAGAACGGGAUGUACGUGCGGAUGGCGUUGCUGGCGCUCGUGUUCGGCAAGGCUUGACAAGUUGACAAGACAAGAAAACAACCAAGGGUAUACAUCCGUCCCGGCUCAAAAAUUAAGACAUUUAUCACAUCACAUGAGCGUAGUGGGGUGCGUUCAGUUGGGAAACACACACUGCUCUGCUGCUUGCUUCCUGGCAAGCAAGCCCUUGUACCGAAGAAAACGUGUUGGGGUGCCAACCCUGCGUGGCGCCAGGUUUGGUCGACCUUCACGCGCUGGUCGUCAUCGCGGAAGGCGCCCUUGUGCAGCGUCCUCGUUCCAUCCAUCCACGGUGCGCCGUAGUUUCAGCGUAGGCCUGGGUUAACAGGUGCCUCGGGUGAUGCAUACACACGUGGACGGACAGCAGUUAGCCUGUAAGUUUUGAGUUUGUUUUUUU